AUGAACAACAACAAGAGCAACAGCGCCGCUGGCAAUGUCGGCGACACAGUCGGAGGAGCCGCCAACUUCCUCACCAGCACCUUGGGCAACACCGUUGGUGGCCUCGGUCGCACAGUCGGCAACGUUACUGGAGCCGCGACUCGCGGUGUUGGUGAUACCGUCACUGCGGCGACUGGCAGCGCUGGACAGCCCAUCGGCGAUGCUGUUGGCAACAUCGGCACUGGAGUCCAGGGCGGACUUGACAGCAUCUCCAAGGGCGUCGAGGACGCUGGACAGUGGAAGAAGCGAUAA